UAAAAAAAGUAUUGAAGUACAAAGUAAAUUAAUAAUUUAAGCCAUGGUCAUUAGCUUUAGUUUCACUUUUUCAGUUAUAACAAUUUAAACUAAUAUUGUAUUGUGUUGAAAUUUAUUUAGUCACUUUAAUAUUUAUAGGUAUAAUAACCGUGGCUUUGUCCAUGUUUUAUCGAUAAAGCCCAUAUUUUUUAGAAUAUUGCAUGCGUAAAAAAUCGUCACAAGUAGUCUAGCAGCAAUAGACAGACAUUAAGUUUUUUUACUUUCAUAAUAUAAAGAACCUGUAAAUUUAGUAUUAACGGUUUCACUUAUUCUUGCAUUCUUGCUUCAGAUAAUGUCAUAUUCCCGGAACCCACGAAUAUUACGUAUUAUGGCAGCUUUGGAUACUAAUAAACAACCCAUGACAAGCAAUAUUCACAGAGUAAUGUCUAUGGACAAACUACAUCACACUUCUCAUGCUGUAAAUGAAAAUACAUCACUUAAUUUAGUUGAGUCUCAACACUUCCCAGAAACGGUGACAUCAUGUAAUCCGUCUACUGAUGAGCAAAGUGCAGAAACUUCCAGAUCUCCUUCUGUUUUGCAAGUACAACAACUACUACAAACUGAAUCAGUAACUCAUUCGGUUGCCGAUUUUGAAGAAAAGGAAUGUUUUGUACAAACAACGUCCAAUGAUACGAGGGAGAAGGACAAUUGUGACUUUCUGAGAUUAGUUGCAGAUAAUGAAGGAAGUGAACAUGUUCCAAGCUCCAGAAAAAGAUCUAUUUCUCCUAGGUCAUCAUCAUCAUGUUGCUCGUCAUCUAGCUCAACCUCGUCAUCUAGCUCAACCUCAUCAUCUUCACCAAAUACAUCCACAUCAGGUAAAGACUUUUCUUCCGAUGAUGCAGAUCGAGAUCCGGAUUACAUACUAGCAACUCCAAAUAGACGCAAAUCAUACAGUCCCAUUUUAGAACGUAACGAUAUAAUGCAAGAAGUUCAAGAAUUAAAUAACGAGGAAAAUAAUGUAAAUCUUCCUGCUGAUAGCAAUAUAUCGAAAAAACGAAGGCGUAAACAUUUCAAUCAUUUGUCUGUACAGCAAGAAGCUAAAAAACAACGCAAUAGUGGACAAAAAUAUACUUCCAUGUCCAAAAUGAAGAAGAUCAUCCCUGAGAAGAAGAUAGGACCUCCAUGUGAUGAAAAAUGUCGAUUAAAGUGUAAUGAAAGAAUUACACAAGAACAGAGACAAACGAUAUUUGAUGACUAUUGGAAAUUGGCUGACCUUAUGAGGCAAAGAGAUUUUAUAUCAAAGUGUAUUUCUAAAAUUAAACCUAAAUAUCAGUAUAAAGUUCACAACAGUAACAGAGGUCCUAAACAUUCAUUUUCAUUUGAAAUCAAUAAUUGUACACAGCGAGUUUUCCAGGACUGUGUUUCUUGCUGUCCGAUAAAGCCUCUUUCGGGCCUAGCAUCAAACCUACUGCCAACAAGCGAUGCCUCAGAUCUCUCGCCGGGAAGUGGAGACCAGCGCUCUUCUAGCGUUGCCGAACUCAGAAGAAAAGCCCAAGAACACUCUGCGGCGUUACUGCAGAGUUUGCAGCAUGUAGCCAAUUUUCAACAAGCUGCGAAUUUUGCGGGUGCGAGCUUAAACUUCCCGCUUUUGCCACCGUUGACGUUACAGGCGUUACAAAGAAAGCAUGAAACUAUUGAAGGAACCGGAGGGGAGAAUAGUUCAAAUAAAGAGGCGUCGGUUUAA